UGGACAUUUAAUAAUCAACAUAUUUGUUUUCCUUCUUCCGCGUUACACGACAAGGAAAAUAAGUUACGGGACAAGGGAAAUAUAAGGCAGGGAAAUAUAUAUAUUGCCUGUUCCUGUUUUGAAGAGAACUAUUACCAAAGGUGCAAUCAUGCUUCUCGAAGUGACUUCAUAUUGUAUGGAAUGGCUUGAACAUAACGUAUAAGAAUACAUAUUCACAUAUGAUCACCUAUACAUACUUAAAACAAAGGCAGAAGGUGCUAUACAGCUUAUGGAGAGAGAACAUAUGGAGCCGGGUCUCGCCAUGGCCAUUGAAGUUCUCUCUAAAGCCACCCCGGAGCGACUGGUCAGCUUGACUUGCAAAAUGGGCCAAUUGCGGGCUGAGGAAUUGGUGCACGCCAUGUGCUUGAUUCUCCUGAAGAGAAACAAAGAUGCGAAUGCUAAGCUAAUGGCUAACUGCAACAGCAGUGUCGCGAACCACUUGGCCGAAAUGGUGAAGAUGCAUGGAGAAGGAUUGAACAGUAGCCACUUUGGUGGUUUUACGAUAUCAAGAUCAGACACGGAGACUUUACUGGACAUUGCACGGAUUUUUGCGGUAUUGGUGCAAGAAAGAUUAUGUGACAAGUCGCUCCGAGAUCAAGCGUACCGCACAAUUCUUGCGAAGAGCAAGAACGCUGGUUCACAAUCUACAGAUGUUGACAUCUUUGAGGAAGUUCGACAAGUUUGCGGGGCUGAAGUUAUUGACGAAUUCCCAAGAUUUACCACAGAAAUGGCUUCCAUAACAGACUGUCUGACCUCUCUAGACAUAUCGGGGACAAACAUUAGCUGUCCAUCACCGUUAAGGACCAGUUCGAUCUGUAUCUCACAUAGUCUCGAAAUUAGCUCGCCAACGAUUCUAGGCCCAGAGUCCAAUACCGAAGAAUCAAAGCCAAUGACUCUGCACAUCCCCCAAGAGAGCGAAACUACAACCAAUCAAGACCAAACACCACAUUGUCCUGACAGAUCAUCAAAUAGUUGUGCAAUUACCUCACCAAAGACGCUUAAAAUGCAGGACAUCAAUGACGCACCCAAACCAUGUCUCGAUCAUAACGGAAGCUCUCAAGUUGUGACAUCGGAAAGCACGAAUGCAGAAAAUGUUCUUGAUUUUUCAUCCGCCCCAAAUAGCGGCACCAAACUAAAAGCACAUCCUGUAAACUCAAGCCAUUGCGCUAACGACUGCAAACCGCCAACUCAAGCUAAGAGUGUUCCCCCAGCAGAACCAAGUUAUAGCGAAGAAGACGAAACAUUUUACGCCUUCGUGAUCCUACAUGGACCUGAAGAUGCGGACGAGGCGCAAAGACUCAGAGAUAAACUGGAGAGUAUAACGUCAGGACAAGGCGCGACUUUCUCUGAGGACUUUGAGGAACCUGGAAGGUCAGCGUUGCGUUGCAUGGAAGACGCCAUCGACAACUCGGCGUUCACGCUACUGUUGCUCACCAAGAACUUCGACACAAACCUCAGCGCAACUACCACUGAUUCAGCGCUCAUGAAUUCUCUAGAAAAAUGUCACAAAACUAAUUCGGUUAUUCCGUUGCUACCGCGAGAUAACCGUUUGCCUAGGCAGAGGUUUCCGUUGGUUCUUCGCACAAAGGUCUGUCUUGAUGAAAACAGUGCGUUCGAACGUAAAGCCUUGAAGGUCAUGGCACCUAAUAAGGUGGCAUCUCAAAAGGUAGAAUGGAUGAAAGAGCAACGUAAUAAGAAGGCAAUCGAGCAACAGAGACGACUGCUAGAAGAAAACAGCAGAAAUGUGGAGCUACGACGACAGACUGAAAGAUUAGAGCGGAUGAUGCUAGAAUCCGAAAAGCAGCAUGAUGGAACGUUUUAUGCAGGACCACCUCUGAAUUAUGGACCAAUGCAAAUGGCUCCACAACAUCCCGCAUGGCAACCAUCAUGCAUCCAUAUUGAGAAUUCACAGAACAUAAUAAUCGGAAACAACUCGACCAUGAUUAUUGAUCAUUCUGAACAUAGUUCAGAGGAUUGAGAUGUUUGAAUGUAAUUCUAAAGUACAUUUUAGCUUCAAUAAAGGAUAUCAGUAUGUCAGUAUGUCUCAUGAUGAUGGUUGUGGUUCUCAGUUAUCAGUAAUUUCGCUAUGAAAACUCAGAUCUGUAUUCGGCUAGUUUGGAACAACUCGAGGAAGAGUAAAUAAUGACGGGAUUUUCAUUUUUGGGUAAACUGUCUCUUCAAAUGACUGUUAAAUGACAAUUACAAUGGCAUGGCAAUGUACUAUCUUGGUCUUGAAACUGUAAAGUUAAUUGUUAAACUGCAAAUGAAUCAUUACUAUUUGAGCAAAUAAAGAUGAUUACUCUUUCUUUACUACUAUCUUGUAUU